ACCAAAACAGAAAAUGGCGUCAGCUGAGCCCCAGCCGCGGUUCGGCCAGUCUGUCAAAGGUUUAUUAUCCGACAAGGUGGGCUCCUGUAGCGGGGAUGUGAUCGCACUGACCCGCCAGGUUCUGAAAGGAUCCCGCAGUCAGGAGCUUCUUGGUCAAGCAGCAAGAAACAUGGUCAUCCAGGAGGACGCCAUCCUGCACUCUGAGGAUAGUCUGAGAAAAAUGUCCAUAAUCACCACGCAUUUACAGUACCAGAGGCCAUUCGAAGAA